AAGAGGAGGGAGGUGGGAUUUGCCCUAGCCAAUGGAUGGGCGCGGCGCCGUUGCCGCUCUAGGCCGCUCCGCCCCAGCUCGCUGGUCCCAGAAGGCGCCGGGUUUCCCAAGAUGGCGGCAGACGUGUCCGUUACUCACCGGCCCCCGCUGAGCCCGAAGCCCGAGGCUGAGGCUGAAGCGGGAGGUGUCGGGGAGCGUAGGGCGCUGGACCCACUAGACCCCGAAGAGGUGCGGAGCCGCCUGGAGCGGACUGAGCGCCAGUUCCGUAACCGCCGAAAGAUCCUCAUCCGGGGCCUCCCGGGGGACGUGACCAACCAGGAAGUUCACGACCUGCUCAGUGACUAUGAACUCAAGUACUGUUUUGUGGACAAGUACAAGGGGACUGCCUUUGUGACUCUGCUGAAUGGAGAGCAAGCAGAGUCGGCAAUCCGCACGUUUCACCAGAGCCACCUGAGGGAUAAGGAGCUGUCGGUGCAGUUGCAGCCCACAGAUGCCCUGCUCUGUAUUGCCAACUUGCCCCCAAGCUAUACGCAGCAGCAGUUUGAGGACCUGGUGAGGCCCUUUGGCAACCUGGAGCGCUGCUUUCUGGUAUACAGUGAGCGCAGUGGUCACUCCAAGGGCUAUGGCUUCGUGGAGUAUAUGAAGAAGGAUUCGGCAGCUCGAGCCAAGUCAGACCUGCUGGGCAAGCCCCUAGGGCCCCGGACACUGUAUGUUCAUUGGACAGAUGCCAGCCAGCUGACUCCAGCACUGUUGCAUUCACGCUGCCUCUGCGUUGACCACCUGCCCCAAGGCUACAGUGAUGUGGAUGAAUUGCGACAGGCCCUCUCCUCUGUACACCCUCCCACCUUUUGCCAGCUUGCAUAUGGGCAGGAUGGAAAGCUGAAGGGGUUUGCAGUAUUGGAGUAUGAGACAUCACAGAUGGCUGAAGAAGCCCAGCAGCAAGCAGAUGGGAUGGCCUUGGCUGGGAGCCCUAUCCGAGUGUCUUUCUGUGCUCCAGGUCCCCCUGGCCGUAGCAUGCUAGCUGCCCUCAUUGCUGCCCAGGCCACGGCUCUGAACAGGGGGAAGGGGCUACUGCCUGAGCCAAACAUUCUUCAGAUCCUCAGUAGCUUAGGGCCCCCUGCAUCUCUACAACUUCUCCUGAAUCCCCUGCUGCAUGGCCCUGGGAGUGGAAACAAGCAGGGCCUCCUGGGUGCACCUCCGGCCAUGCCCCUGUUGAACAGCCCAGCUUUGUCCACGGCAUUGCUCCAGCUUGCCCUACAGACUCAGAGCCAAGUCCAGCAGAAACCAGGAAUCCUUGGAGACUCUCCCUUGGGUUCAUUCCAGUCUGGAGCCCAGCCUGGCAACACUCUUCUUGGAGAGUUACCUGCAGGAGGAGUCCUGUCCUCAGACACGCCCCCAGUUCGAGGGAAGCCACCAUCUCUCUUGCCACCUCUGCUGGGCACAGCAGGGGGAGACCGUGAAGCUCUAGCUCUGGGGGCUUCAGCUACUCAGCUCACCCCACCUCCUGCCUCCCUUCGGGGCUCUGUGCUCAGUGGAUUACAGAAACUGAGUGAGAAUGGGCCUCCACCAGCCUCUGGGGUCUCACUGUUGGGAGAGCCACCCAAGGACUUCAGGAUCCCCCUAAACCCUUACCUAAACCUGCACAGUCUCUUGCCUACAGGGGGUGGCGGCAAAGCCUUUAACCUGAAAUCCAGUAUGCUGGGCAGUGCUUCUGGCACCCGUCUGUCCACUGAUUCAGGCCUAUCCUCAGAUGGCUAUGGCUUUGAUUACCCACUGGAUCUAGGACCCCGGAGUAUGUUUUCCCAUCCCCGAGAAUCUGUGCGGCCCAUGCUGGGACCACUUGGGCAUAGCAGACAUAAGAUGUCUCCCCCACCCAGUGGGUUUGGAGAGCGGGGGAGUGGAAGUGGGGGGCUCCCCCAUUUUUACUCAGGCUCCCCUACCUCCUACUUCACCAGUGGUCUGCAGGCUGGCCUCAAGCAGAGUCACCUUAACAAGGUUGUUGGCACAUCCCCCAUGGGUUCUGGAGAGGGUCUCUUGGGUCUGGGUCCUGGCCCUGACAGCCAUGGCAGCCUGAUGAAGACUCCCAUUGGUGGCCAGAAACGAGGCUUUUCCCACCUGCUUCCCUCUCCAGAGCCUAGCCCUGAAGGAGGCUAUGUGGGCCAGCAUUCCCAGGGCCUGGGGGGCCAUUAUGCAGAUUCCUACCUGAAACGAAAGAGGAUAUUCUAAUGAACCCCUGACCAGAAUCUCAACCUUACCCUAGGCUGGCUGACUGCUUUUAAAGCCCACUCUUGGAUUUCCAAUUUAAAAAAAAAAACCAACAAAGUGUAUGUAAAGAACUUGCCUUCUGAACAGGGCCAGCCCCUUUCUCCUCAGUAGAAAUGGCUGUGCCAGGGGAUGGGGGUUGUUCCCUCCAAUACCAGCACCUUUUGGCAUCCUCCUUGGGGCCCUGCAGCUCUUAAGAGAGGCUCAGUGUUUCAGUUGUAGUGGUGGAGGAGAAGAAAAAAGGGGGUGUCCUCCAAGUAACAAGUAGGGACCAGACCAGGCAGGGGUCAGAAUGUCUUUUCCCCAUACCCUGGACCUAUGUCACUCUUCUAGGGCAAUAUGCUUGCCUUCCCCCACAUUGGACUUCUGGGGGGGCCACCAGAGAUCCUGUCCCAAAAACAUUGUAGCCUUAAGAGGCCCCCAGGGUUUGUGACCUCAUUCUUGCUUUCUCCUCAAUACCCUUUUCUCUAUGACCCCUUUCUUCGUUGUCUUUUUUUUCUCUGUCCACUCUGUCAUCUCUUCGUAUGUCUUGUCUUGCUCCUUUCUUUCUCCUUGGUGUCUCUUGAGAGGCGUCUUGGGCUCCCUGGGUGGCUCCAUCAGGCUGGGCCUAUGCUGGAUCCUGGGGUUUGAGUGCCUUGGACAUCGUGCAGCUUCCUUUUUAGGGAAAUGCUGCAUUUGUAGGUUGCCUUUAAAUUUUUUUUUAACAAUUGUUUUUAUUUUCUUGUGUGUGUUGUUUUUUAAUAAUAAGCCAGGAAGAACUCAGCUCCCUGAUUCCUCUGCAUCCCAGGGAGCCUGGGAAGCUCAACUUACAUAUUUUCUUUAUGGCUUUAAAUUUCUUAGCCAUAUGUUAGAGGUGAUUUUUGGCGCGCCCCCCUCUCCCCCUUUUUUAAUGCUGCAGGUGUGGCUGCCUCCCACCCCCUGCUGCUGCUUCUGGUCUUCAUAUAGAAAUGGCCCUUCUGUGUCCCCAGAUGCCUUAAGGCCCUGAGCCUCAGUCCCUGCCCAGUCCAGAGAACUCAGCAUCUGUGGUUCAUUCUGAAGCUGCGGGGGCUACACUUCUCUCCUUAAAACUCAGGACCAAACAAACAGAGAGAGGAAGGGACAGAUUGGGAGGUGAGCCUUUAAGCCCUGCCUCUCAAUUAGCUCAGCUCAGCUGGAGAGUGACUUUCUGCUGGAUUGCAAAUCCAGCAGUUGCAGAGGUCUCCUUUGAAGUAAAGCUUUAUCUUUCAUUUCACCCAUAUUUCACCCCCCAGUUGGUUUUUAUGGUGAAAUUCUGCCCAACUAUGUCAGCUGGAAACCCCCAGCUGCCCCUAGCCCUAAGGCCAAAGUCUCCAUGCAGAAUGAUACCUUCUUCCUUGCCCCCAGGGAGAGAAAAGGGCCAUCGUAGGCCUCUUCUUUUAGGGUAGGCUGCCCCUCUCCCAAUUCAAGUGAGCCAACCCCUUCUAGUGCCUCCAUGUGCCCUGGGCACACCACCUCAUAUGCCUAACCCAUCUCUUCCCCCAUUCUAAGACCUCCUGCCAUGCUUUUCCUCAUUGCACUCCUAUCUUCCCAGUAUUCCCUUUCAAUCUGUACUUUUGUGUUUGCUGAGCUAGACCUGGCUGGACUACCUGUUCCAGGGCUCUGGGCUCAGACCUGCUGUCUUUGGACCGGCCCUAGCUUCCAGGGGCAAGGUUUUCAGUGCCUCCACUGUCUGUCCUACAGGAACCCUGGGUGGGGGGGUAGUAGCUCUGUCCUCGUAAAUAUGACUGUCCCUUGAAAUCCACAUUUGCUGAAUUAAAGUUUUUAAGUAAAAUGAUUUUAAUGAAA